CUUUAUUCCAAUAAAUAAAUUUUGAAAUAUAUCCGUGCUAGUUAUAAUCAAGCUGUGGCUGGAUCUGCUUGAGCUGCAACAAGCUUUUUAAACUCCAAUCGAAUUAUAAAUCUUGCCUCAUGCGUUAAACAGAUCACAGUUCCUUGCAGUGUUAAUACUUCAGCUUGGAUUAAAUUUUUUGUUAUAAACUGGUGAAUCAAGUGCGCAAGUCAAGUGGUUAGUUUUGGUGCUGUUAAUUAAUUAGGUUAUCAGGAUGGCUGAGUUAGCCAUGAACACACUGGGUCAAUCUUAUAAUGAUACAAAUGAUACCCAUAAAUUUGCGUUUGAUCUGGGGGAAUUUGUUGGUGAUUUAUCUGUUGACGAGGAUAAUGCCAGUGAUGAUAUUUCACUUGAAGGUCUACAGCAGGAGCUCGAAGAAUGCAAAAAUGAUGAUGUGGUAGCAAACAUAUUGUCCAAAGGAACAAAAUUACGGGAUUACACAAAGGGUGUUGAAAACAAUUUACGACAAGUUGAAUUGGACUCUAUUCAGGAUUACAUAAAAGAAAGUGACAAUCUAGUCUCACUUCAUGAUCAAAUUCGUGAUUGUGACCUCAUCCUUUCGCAAAUGGAAACAUUGCUUGGUGGGUUUCAGGAUGAAAUUGGUUCCAUCAGUUCAGACAUUAAAAUUCUUCAAGAGAAGUCCAUGGAUAUGGGACUCAAGCUGAAGAACCGCAAGGUUGCCGAAUCAAAAUUGGCCAAAUUUGUUGAAGAUAUAAUAGUCCCACCAAGGAUGAUAGACAUCAUUGUUGAUGGAGAGGUCAAUGAUGAAUAUAUGAGGACUCUUGAAAUUCUGAGUAAGAAGCUGAAGUUUGUUGAAGCCGAUUCAUUGGUUAAAACAUCUAACGCUCUUAAAGAUGUGCAGCCAGAGCUAGAAAAACUUCGACAAAAAGCAGUUUCAAAGGUAUUUGAGUUCAUUGUUCAAAAGCUCUAUGCAUUGCGAAAACCCAAAACAAAUAUCCAAAUAUUACAACAGAGUGUUCUGUUGAAGUACAGGUAUCUCAUGUCCUUUCUGAAGGAACACGGGAAGGAGAUAUAUAAUGAGGUUCGUGCGGCAUACAUCGACACUAUGAACAAGGUUCUAAGUGCACAAUUUCUUGCUUAUAUUCAAGCAUUGGAGAAGUUGCAAUUGGAUAUUGCAACAUCAAGUGAUCUGAUAGGUGUUGAGGCCAGAGGCACUAGUUUAUUUUCAAGAGGAAGAGAACCUUUGAAAAACCGGUCUGCUGUUUUUGCUCUUGGGGAUCGGCUGAACAUUCUCAAGGAAAUUGAUGAACCUGCGUUGAUUCCCCAUAUAGCUGAAGCUAGCUCCAGAAAGUAUCCUUAUGAAGUCCUUUUCAGGAGCUUGCACAAGUUGCUAAUGGAUUCCGCAUCUUCUGAGUACCUUUUCUGUGGUGAUUUCUUCGGUGAAGAAUCAAUAUUUGGUGAAAUAUUUGCAGGUCCACUUUUGGUUAUUGACGAGCACUUCAAUACAGUCCUUUCAAAUUGUUUUGAUGCAAUAGGUCUGAUGCUUAUGAUAUGUAUCAUUCACAGACACCAGGUCAUAAUGUCUCGCCGUCGGAUACCAUGUCUGGAUUCAUACUUGGAUAAGGUUAAUAUUUCUUUGUGGCCACGCUUCAAGAUGGUUUUUGAUAUGCACCUUAAUAGCUUGCGAAAUGCCAAUGUAAAGUCACUGUGGGAAGAUGAUGUUCAUCCACAUUAUGUCAUGAGACGCUAUGCUGAAUUCACAGCUUCACUGAUUCACCUUAAUGUGGAAUAUGGAGAUGGUCAGCUUGAACUGAACAUGGAAAGACUUCGAAUGGCUGUUGAUGACUUGCUUGUCAAGCUUGCAAAAACAUUUACCAAGCCAAAGUUGCAGACAGUGUUUCUAAUAAACAACUAUGACAUGACAAUUGCUGUGUUGAAGGAAGCUAGUGAAGGUGGGAAAAUCCAGAUGCACUUUGAAGAACUUCUGAAAAACAACACAGCUGUAUUUGUGGAGGAACUACUGCUGGAGCAUUUUAGCAAUCUUAUAAAGUUUGUUAAGAACAGAGCCUGUAAGUUCCUGGCACAAAUUACUUUUCAACUGUCUAAUAUGUAUAAAAGCCUGUUAGUUCAUCCACUGAUUUGCAUUUUAUUACUAGCUGAGGACUCGAGUGCUGGUUCUGAGAAGCCAAUUACUGUUGCUGAAGUGGAGCCACUUGUAAAAGACUUUGCCAGUAGAUGGAAAGCAGCGAUUGAGCUGAUGCACAAGGAUGUCAUCACUUCUUUUAGCAAUUUCCUAUGCGGAAUGGAUAUCUUAAGAGCUGCCAUGACUCAACUGCUCCUUUAUUAUACCAGACUCUCCGACUGCAUCAAGAAAAUUGCUGGCGGAUCUGCUCUAAACAAGGAUCUUGUUUCAAUAUCUUCGAUCAUGUAUGAAAUUAGGAAAUACUCUAGAACUUUCUAGGUCAUUGAUUGUGUGAAAGUAGCUGUGAGUGUUAAAUUUUGUGACAAGCAAAAAAUUAGACUUUACAAGAACUAAACAAGGUGUAAAUGACACUGGUGGAAUUUGUGGGUUGUAAGAAGGAAAAAUAUAUAAUUUUGGAUUAAAAUGCUACAAUCUAUAAGAAAUUUACAA